GGUUAUGCUCGUCAGCCGGUCAGCUGCCGCCUCCAGCCAUGUGCCGCUGUGGGAGUCGUGGCGUUCUUCCGCUGGCUCAGCCAAAAGUACCCAUCCAUCAUAGUCAACUGCGUGGAAAAGAAGCCAAAACAAUGCAAUGGUGUAAAGAUUCCAGUUGAUGCCAGUAAACCUAAUCCAAAUGAUGUGGGGUUUGAUAAUCCGUAUUUGGAUAUGAACGGAAUCAUCCAUCCCUGUACUCAUCCUGAAGACAAACCAGCACCAAAAAAUGAAGAUGAAAUGAUGGUUGCAAUUUUUGAGUACAUUGACAGACUUUUCAGUAUUGUAAGACCAAGACGACUUCUCUACAUGGCAAUAGAUGGAGUGGCACCACGUGCUAAAAUGAACAAGCAGCAUUCAAGGAGAUUCAAGGCAUCAAAAGAAGGAAUAGAAGCAGCAGUCAAGAAGCAGUGAGUCAGGGAAGAAAUAUUGGCAAAAGAUGGCUUUCUUCCUCCAGAAACAAAAGAAAGAUUAGACAGCAACUGUAUUACACCAGGAACUGAAUUCAUAGACAAUCUUGCUAAAUGCCUUCACUAUUACAUAGCUGAUCGUUUAAAUAAUGACCCUGGGUGGAAAAAUUUGACAGUUAUUUCAUCUGAUGCUAGUGCUCCUGGUGAAGGAGAACAUAAAGUCGUGGAUUACAUUAGAAGGCCAAGAGCCCAGCCUAACCAUGACCCAAAUACUCAUCAUUGUUUAUGUAUAGCAGAUGCUGAUCUCAUUAUGCUUAGCCUUGCCACACAUGAACCCAACUUUACCAUUAUUAGAGAAGAAUUCAAACCAAACAAGCCCAAACCGUGUGGUCUUUGUAAUCAGUUUGGACAUGAGGUCAAAGAUUGUGAAGGUUUGCCAAGAGAAAAGAAGAGAAAGCAUGAUGAACUUGCCGAUAGUCUUCCUUGUGCAGAAGGAGAGUUUAUCUUCCUUCGGCUUAAUGUUCUUCGUGAGUAUCUGGAAAGAGAACUCACAAUGGCCAGCCUACCAUUCACAUUUGAUGUUGAGAGGAGCAUUGAUGACUGGGUUUUCAUGUGCUUCUUUGUGGGAAAUGACUUCCUCCCUCAUUUGCCAUCGGUAGAGAUUAGGGAAAAUGCAAUUGACCGUUUGGUCAACAUAUACAAAAAUGUGGUACACAAAAGGGGUUACCUUACUGACAGUGGUUAUGUCAAUCUACAAAGAGUACAGAUGAUCAUGUUAGCCGUUGGUAAAGUUGAGAAUAGCAUUUUUAAAAAGAGAAAGGAUGAUGAGGACAGUUUUAGAAGACGACAGAAAGAAAAAAGAAAGAGAAUGAAGAGAAAUCAACCAACUUUCACUCCUAGUGAAAUAUUAACUCCUCAUGCCUUGGUUUCAAGAAAUUCACCAGGUUCUCAAGUAGCCAGUAAUCCGAGACAAGCAGCCUAUGAAAUGAGGAUGCAGAAUAACUCUAGUCCUUCAAUAUCUCCUAAUACGAGUUUCAUAUCUGAUGGCUCCCCGUCUCUAAUAGGAGGAAUUAAGCGAAAAGCAGAAGACAGUGACAGUGAACCUGAGCCAGAGGAUAACGUCAGGUUAUGGGAAGCUGGCUGGAAGCAGCAGUACUACAAGAACAAAUUUGACGUCGAUGCAGCUGAUGAGAAAUUCCGUCAGAAAGUUGUGCAUUCGUACGUUGAAGGACUUUGCUGGGUUCUUAGAUAUUAUUAUCAGGGCUGUGCUUCCUGGAAGUGGUAUUAUCCAUUUCAUUAUGCGCCAUUUGCUUCAGACUUUGAAGGCAUUGCAGACAUGCCAUCUGAUUUUGAGAAGGGUACAAAACCGUUUAAACCACUGGAACAACUUAUGGGAGUUUUUCCAGCUGCAAGUGGUAAUUUUCUACCUCCAUCAUGGCGGAAGCUCAUGAGUGAUCCUGAUUCUAGUAUAAUUGAUUUCUAUCCCGAAGAUUUUGCUAUUGAUUUGAAUGGGAAGAAAUAUGCAUGGCAAGGAGUUUCUCUCUUGCCAUUCGUGGAUGAGCGAAGGCUAUGAGCUGCCCUAGAAGAGGUAUACCCAGACUUCACUCCAGAAGAGACCAGAAGAAACAGCCUUGGAUGUGAUGUCUUAUUUGUGGGGAAACAUCACCCACUCCAUGACUUCAUUUUAGAGCUGUACCAGACAUGUUCCACAGAGCCAGUGGAUGCCCCUGAACUAUGUCAUGGGAUUCAAGGAAAGUUUUCUUUGGAUGAAGAAGCCAUUCUUCCAGAUCAAAUAGUAUGUUCUCCUGUUCCUAUGUUAAGGGAUCUGACACAGAACACUGUAGUCAGUAUUAAUUUUAAAGACCCACAGUUUGCUGAAGAUUGUAUUUUUAAAGCUGUAAUGCUUCCAGGAGCAAGAAAGCUAGCAGCAGUACUGAAACCUAGUGGCUGGGAAAAAUCCAGCAAUGGACAGCAGUGGAAGCCUCAGCUUGGCUUUAACCAUGACCAGAGGCCUGUGCACUUGGAUCAGGCAGGCUUCAGGACUUUGGGCCGUGUUAUGCCAAGAGGCUCAGGAACAGGCAUUUACAGCAAUGCUGCACCACCACCUGCGACUUACCAGGGAAACUUAUACAGGCCGCUUUUGAGAGGACAAGCCCAGAUUCCAAAACUUAUGUCAAAUAUGAGGCCCCAGGAUUCCUGGCAAGGUCCUCCUCCCUUUUUCCAGCAGCAAAGGUUUGACAGAGGCAUUGGGGCUGAACCUCUGCUCCCAUGGAAACGGAUGCUGCAAACCCAGAAUGCAGCCUUCCAGCCAAACCAGUACCAGAUGCUAGCUGGGCCUGGUGGGUAUCCACCCAGACGAGAUGAUCUUGGAGGGAGACAGGGAUAUCCCAGAGAAGGAAGGAAAUAUCCUUUGCCACCACCCUCAGGAAGAUACAAUUGAAAUUAAGCUUUUGUAAAGCUUUCCCAAAUCCUUUCAUCAUUCUACAGUUUUAUGCCAUUUGUGGAAAGAUUUCUUUCUCAAGUAGUAGUUUUUAAUAAAACUACAGUACUUUGUGUAUUUCUUUUAACUGUGUAUAUUUCUACUGAUCUGAUCUCACUGUUUAUGUUGCUUUCCAAAGAUGUAUGUUGCAUAAUACAGUGGAUCUGAAUUUAUUAUUGCUUAUAAAACACAUUUGAUGGAAUAGGAGUACUGGUUUUUCAUAAUGGUUAAAAAUGAAACCAGCUGUGGAUUUCAAAACACAGUGUAUUCUAGAUCAUCUAAGAUCCAUGCUGAUUUUUAUUGCACAAGAAUUAGGUUUGAACUCUUGAGCUGGAACCCUCAGCAAACUAGAGUAUAUAUUGUUCAGUAUUUCUUUGGAAACAUUUCAUUAAUGUACUUGUCUUACAGAAAUUUCUGGACUUUAGU